AUGGACUUCAAUGGUCAUUCAAGUGCAGGAUAGGUAUCUGGCCAUCUCUGCGUGUACUCCCUCCUACCAAAUACGCAGGGGCACAUGGUGACCUUAAACGAAGAGCAAAUCCCGAAGCCAUCUCCCCAAAUGACCAUGUACGUUCAGGCUUUAGCUCAAAGACGUGAGGGCCCCAGUAAAAGACGCCGACUGGGGAAAAAUUCGGCGUGGGCAUGGGCGGGCAGGGCGAAGAUGUGUGCGACUCAUGGGACGGCGCCGUUGGUCAAUAGGCGUCUCAAGUACACAACAAUACUUGGAAAAUGGUUCCAGAUCUGACCAGUGGGCUCAGUGGGGGCCACUUGGAAACAGUUGGGCAACCGUGGUCCGACAGAGCACAAUGACUACCGAUUCCUCCCUUUGUCGUAGUACUUUCCAGUUUCUAGAGCACCG